AUGAGCACAUGCAUGCCCAACGUAACCCCCACGCCCAAGAAGGAACUUUCCUGCAAGGCCAUGUCAUCCUCGACCAAGGCAAGUCCAGCACAGCUGGACGCAGUGAAGAAGUACCUGAAGAACUUCGACCACCAGAAUGAAACGGAGAGCAUAAAUGGAUUUGCUGAGCUGCUGAAGGAGCUUAACAUAAAAAUGGCUGUGUUUGAUUUCGACCUGACCAUAAUCGGUGCCCACUCGGGCGGCUACGUCGAUAAGGACAACGAUGUGGACCACAUCGGAACUGCAGUGACGGCCCACUUCAAGAUUCUCUCCAAGGCACUCAACGAGAGGGGAAUAAAAAUUACCGUUGCGACGUUUUCGGACGACGAGGCCAUCCGGUACAGCCGGGGCAGAAACUCCACCCUCAUUGCGGGAGAGGAAAUGGUUAAAUUCAGCAUGCAGCAGAGCAAGUGCGACGCGAAGAUCGAGAAGGUCUAUGCCUACUACCCCCCCUACUACCGAGAGCCACGGCAGUACAGACCGUUGGGGCUGGACAAGCCAAUGAGUCACGACAAAUCCUACCAUUUGAAGCAGAUCAGGACCGACUUUGGAGUGAACAUCGAUGAAAUUCUAUUCGUGGACGACGACGUGAACAAUUGCGUCUCAGCCAAAAAGGAGGGAUACUUAACCUUCAACGUUAUGGGGAAAAAUGGCUUCAACUUUAAAAGUGUAAAAGUUAUGUAG